AUGGCGGUGCUAGACUUUCCUGGAAAACGAGAAGAGCUCAAUAAGAACCAGCAGAGCACAUUACGACACGAGUUUUACCCGCCUCUAUUUCUUCUCGACAGCCUGAACCAAGUCUGUCCUCGAGGAUCCCGCCGAACACCAUCCGAUGGCCCUCAAAACGAGCACCAGUCUCCGGAAGAGAGGUUCCAAACGCUGGUCAACAAGCUGGCCCAGAUUUGUGAUUUCGAGCCCAAGGGCAACACCGUCUCUGCACUGGCCGUGAUCAUCCAUAAUGGUCGGUUGUGCUAUGUUUUGGCGUCUAACCGCAGGGGUACCGGCGCCAUGAAAAACGCCCGAGCCGGGCUCCAAGCCGUUCUCAAUAUUCUCAAGGACAGCGUGGAGAAAAGGACAGACGACUCGGACGAAGUGAUGGAAAAACGUCUGAUGCGAGAGAUUCUAACUUGGAACAUGGUCCGCGCCAGAUCCUACCUCACCUCGUUAGAGAAGGAGUUGCAGAAAUGCAUCGCAAAGUGUGACACCACCGAGCAAGGGAACAAUGCGAAACAAGAAUUGCAGAGAUUGGCGGCCUUUCUCCCAAAGGUCAAGGAUGGCCAAAAGAGUGAUAGUUACAUCGAAUCGACAAUGCGACUUAUUGCAGCAAUCCAGACAUCCCGAGAAUCACAGCUGCCAACAUGGAGGUAUAUCGAAGCUGGCGCCGUUGCCGACGACACCAUGGCCAAAGGUGGCUGCUGGUCCGCCCUCCAGCACAGUGCAGGACGCCUCCUGUCUUAUCGGUACGCUGCGCAUUCGCUUGUGAAUGCCCGCCACAUCUGGGCCGAGACGGAUCUGUUCCGCGACUUUGACAUCGAGACUGUCCGUUCGAGCCUGCCAAAUGCAAAGGCGGGAACACUCAGCCCCGAGACGGUCGAAGACAUCCUCAACCGCGCUCCCAAUGCAACCAAAGCGCAGAGGAAAGCCUACAGGCAACACGCCGCAGAACUCCAGGUUUACGACCUGAACGCCAAGCUGGCAGAACAAUGGGACCGCAAGCUGGAGCCUAUUGUACACGCAGAGAUGCUCCUGCACGAGUGGCUGUCACGCACCGAAGGCGGCACACAGUCGUACCGUUUCUUCAACGGCUGGCAGUACAUCGGCACCAGCAAGCCAGUCUGCAAACUGUGUACAGACUACUUCGACAUUAUCUCUACACCGGUCCGCUUCCGCCCUGGCCACCCCAACACGUAUCUCAACUGGAGACUGCCGGACAUCUAUGUCGAGGGCAAGGACCCGGUGGCCGUCGAUCGUGCAAAGGCGGAGUGGAAUAGCAAUUUGGAUGAGAUGAAGAAGCGCAUCUACGUGGCGUUGCUGCGGGUACUGCAGGACAAGGUGUCGGGGAAGAAACCCAACGACUCGAACACAUACUCGGAGCGGAUCACGACGGGGGAUGCGGACUACAUCAGCAAGUGGCUUGGGAAGAUACAGAUUAAUAACUAG